UAUUUGCAAGUAAACAGACCGGAAAGAAAUUUCUGAAUUUCUCUGUCUAUUUCCGCAAUUAUUUAAACUAUGAACUACAAAUCCCAAAAAAUUAUAGCUCUUAAAUAUUAGCAAGUUAAGACAUUUUGCAGUUUAUAAAAGUUGGCUUUAGGUAGUUGUUUUAAUUUUUGGGUAAUUUUGCAAAUCAUAAAAAUCAUGUCGACCUUACUACGACCUUGUCUAUUUUGUCGUAAAAUUGGGCUUCAUUCAAGCUGCACGUGUGGUUCGGUUAUCGUUCCGUUAUUUCAAACUUAUCUAAGAACAAUUGAUAUCAAUUGCGAUUGCGAAGGUGAUUUUCCUCGCGAGGAAUUUCAUUGUUGUCAAGAAUGUGGCGAUUUACUGGAGACGAUUGUCGCAGCUUUGAACAAACUGGGGACCGAAUUAAUCAAAAUGUUUUCCGUCACGUCGGGAAAUCCGGACGUGCUUAUCGAGGGGGACGAUGUCUUGAAAACGCUGAGGAGACAAAUUGCCUCUCGACUCCCUCAUUUUCCGCCUCAGUGCAAGGUUGUGAUGCUGGAUCGACCACACCCACCGCGACGAGACCAGAUCUGUGAUAACCGAAACCAAAUUGAGAGAGGAGGAGAUCAACACGUGGAGGCUGCGGGCCACGUGGCGCAAGUGAUCGACGAGGUUGACAUUGGAGACAAUAAUCCCGAGGACCAGGAAUCUCGGCCACUGGCACCCCCACCGCCUAAAAGGUUGCGACGUGCAGCACCCUCACCGAAAAUCCGACGGCGACGCACAGCACCCCCGCCGACAAAAAAAUCGCGACGUACAGCAGCGCCGCCGCCUAAGAAGUCGCGGCGCACAGCACGCAACCGGACAGCGAAAACGGGACAGGAGAAAAUUCCGUGUCCAAACCAAUCCUCCGGAUGUAGCGAAGUACUUGCCGCUCCACUAAUGAAAACACAUACGAAACACUGCUACUUCAGCGAGAUAACCUGCCUCUGGGAAAGUCCGGAAAGUCCUUGUCGAUUGGCCGUGGCCAUGUCUGAGUUCGCCAACCACUUGAAGGAAUGCCACGCCUGCCACGUGUCUUCGGCUCACAGAUCAUCCAGCCUUUUAGAAUUGGAAUUGACGACGGAUGGAAACUCAUUCGGUAAAAUAGAGUCAAUUUUUUGUGCGUGUCACCUCAUUUGCACAUUUUGACGCAGUUAUUUAACAUGGAUAGCCGUACUUUCAGAAAUGAGCAGAUGCAAAUAUUUAUUUGUAAGUAAUUAAUAUUAUUUCGCAUAUGUAUGCAAGUCACGUAUGCGUUAUUUUUGCAAACUUGUAUAUUAUUUAGCAGAUAUUUCACCAUUAAUUAGGAGAUGCGUUAAUUACAUGCCUUUCAUUACAGGUUAAAAUGUAUGUACGUAUGUAUUGACGAAUGUAUGUAUUUUCAUAUAUAAAUAACUUAUUGAUUAACUGGUGAUGGACACGAUCAUAAAUAUACAUAUACUUUGACGAAGCACGGCCUUUGCAUAAAUUUUAUUUUAAUUGCGCAACUUAUUUAUUUAGUCCAACAUAUUUAUAAAAAUACCUUAAAUAAUAAUAAUAAUGAAAAAGGUCGGUAUUAAAAUAAUAAUAAUAUUAAUAAAGUUGGCGACUCCAGCCUUUAUAAAAUCGU